AUGCCGUCAGGGGGGCGACGUGGGCGCGUCGGCCCCAUCCGCUUCCGCACCUUUCUGCGCAACACCGUUCUUGACGUGAUGCGCAGCCGCGGCUGGCUGGAGACCGAUAGCGACCUUGGGUGGGACUUCUUCUGGGCCGAUGUGGGGUGGAUACGUGAGAUGUACGACCACGUGCGGCUCGACGACGUGCAGCGGAUCAACCACUUCCGCAAUCACUUCGAGCUAACGCGGAAGGACCUCAUGGUGAAAAACUUGAAGCGGCUGCGCAGAGCUCUUGAGCGCGAGGGGCGCACAGAGGAGGCGAUGGAGCUCGACUUCUUCCCGGUGACCUUCUCGCUGCCACAGGAUUACGGUCUGUUCGAGAUGGAGUUCCGUCGCCAGCAAAACGCCGUUUGGAUUAUGAAGCCACCAGCGAAGGCGCAAGGCAAAGGCAUCUUUCUAUUCUCGAAAAUUUCACAGGUCGCGGAGUGGCGCAAGGACUACAAGCAACGACAGGGUGGUACACUUGGCGAGAAGCCAGGCGGCGCUUACGGCAGCGAGCAGGUGGAGCCGUACUUGGCACAGCGCUACAUUGACAACCCACACCUGGUGGGCGGAAAGAAGUAUGACCUGCGCGUCUAUGUCCUCGUUACGGGCUACAGCCCACUCACGGUGUGGUUGCAUCGCAGCGGUUUCGCACGCUUUUGUCAUCAACGUUUCUCACUGAAGGAUAUUGAGAAUACAUUCAUUCAUGUGACAAACGUGGCAGUGCAGAAGACGAACCCAAAGUACACUCCGUCUUCCGGCUGCAAGUACGGCCUUCGCAAUCUUCGGCAGUAUAUCACCGCUUCACGUGGGGUGGAAGCUGCACAGAAACUCUUUGAUGACAUUCAGAGUAUGAUUCUACGCUCUCUUCAGGCAGUGCAAAAAAUCAUUGUCCAUGACAAGCAUUGCUUUGAGCUGUAUGGAUAUGAUGUUAUGAUUGACAACGAGUUGCACCCGUGGCUUAUUGAGACAAACGCCUCUCCAUCUCUUUCUGCGGAGACUCCUGCAGACUACCACUUGAAAUUCAACAUGUUGGAGGACAUGUUCAAUGUCGUUGACAUUGAGAAGCGGCGGACGGGUGAUGAGGUGCGAGUUGGCGGAUUUGACUUGAUAUGGAAGAACGGGCCAGUGGGCCCCACACGCCGCGGGGAUGAAAAAAUCGGUGGGUCAAUACAGUCCUUUCUUGGCUGCGCGAACGAGUUUGAAAUUCCCAUUACACAUAUGCGAAUGCCACCUCGACUGCAGCAGCUAGACAGCAGCGAACGUCUUUUAACGUGA